CACUGUCAAAGUAAAAAAAUUAUGAGGUUAGGUUUGCGUUUGUAUGCAAAUAAAGAGCAUAAAGUGAGAUUUUAAUUUUAAUUUUUAGCGCAAAUUGAAGAAAUAUAUUUUGAAAACGAAUAAUAUAGUUUUCGAAAAUGGCUCCAAAAGGUUACAUAACGAAAAGACUGCAAUUUUCAGCAUGUCAUAGGCUAAAUAGCAUUCAUUUGAGUGUUGAAGAAAAUAAGAAAGUUUAUGGGAAAUGUAAUCAUAUUAAUGGACAUGGGCACAAUUAUGUAGUUAAAGUGACGCUUUUUGGUGACAUUGACCCUCUCACAGGGAUGAUAAUUAAUAUGACCGAACUGAAAGCAGACAUGGAAAAAGCCAUUAUGAUACCUAUGGAUCACAAAAAUUUGGAUAUCGAUUUGGUUUAUUUUUCUGAUAAACCAAGUACUACCGAAAAUUUGGCCGUUUUCAUAUGGAAUGCAAUGAAAAAAACAAUGGAAAAUCCUGAUUUACUGUAUGAAGUGGAAAUCGAGGAAACUGAAAAUAACUCUGUUAAAUAUAGGGGAGAAUAAAAGCUUAAUUU